AUGGCUGCCCUGCGCAGGCUUAUCCGCUCGUUCACUAGCAGCUCCGCAACAGGGACGUUUACGGCGGGGAAACAAACAUUUUCAAAGACGACAAAACCACUGAAAGUUGUCGCGGCCGGAGCGUGUGUCACCGCCGUGGCCGGUGCCGCUUAUUGUUACUACUGCUCGGUGGUCGGUAGGCGCCCGGUACUGACGAGCCAUGUCGAGGCUCGACUCCUGCAUCUGACUUUACCGUCAGUUUCAGCCACCGACAAGGCUAGGAACUACGGCCUGGAUGAUGGAGACGUGUACAUGUCGUCCCAUGAAAACAGAUUCCGUCUGUUCAGUUCUGUGGAGUGUGAGGGCCAGCUUUACAUGACGCCACUCAACUUCAUCGAGUCUGUCACGCUGAGCGAACCCAAGAGUGAGUGUGCUUGGAAGUCCUUAACAAAAAAGGAAUUAGACAAGAUGCUGGCUGAUACCCCACCUGUUUGGAAAGGAUCAUCUAAUUUGUUUAGAAAUCUUCGCGAGCAAGGUGUCAUCAGCUACACGGAGUAUCUCUUCCUGCUCUGCAUUUUAACAAAGCCUCAAGCAGGAUUCAGGAUUGCUUUCAACAUGUUUGAUGCAGAUGGGAAUGAAAUGGUGGACAAGAGGGAGUUCUUAGUGCUUGAAGACAUUUUCCGUAAGAAAAAGGACAGAAAGGAAGUUACUGAAGAUGGGCAAAGAUUUGAUCAGCAGAGCCUGCAACUGUACGGUCAACGUAAAUCCCAGCCUCACAGUGUCCUUAAAAAAGACAGUCAGCAUGUGGAGGCCCGGGGCAUGUGGGAUGUUCUCAAACGCGGCACAAGUCAAGUUCUGUUUUCUGAUCUCACUGAGCACGUGGAUGAAAAAAUCGAGACAACUCUGCUGGUGCACUUCUUUGGGAAAAAAGGGAAGGCCGACUUGAAGUUUGAAGACUUUUACAAGUUCAUGGACAACUUGCAGACAGAGAUGCUUGAGAUAGAGUUCCUCUCCUACUCCAAAGGCAUGCCCACUAUCAGCGAGGAGGACUUCGCUCGGAUCCUUCUGCGCUACACCAACGUGGUCGACAUCAGCGGAUACAUGGAGAACAUUCGCCACAGUAUACCAGAUGAAAAGGGAAUCACCUUCGAGGAGUUCAGAGCUUUCUUCUUGUUCCUGAACAACCUGGAGGAUUUUACCAUCGCCAUGCAAAUGUACAACUUUGCCAACCGCUCUAUUGGUCAAGAGGAGUUUAGCCGCGCCGUCUAUGUGGCUACGGACAUCAAGCUGACCCACCACGUGGUGAACACGGUCUUCAAGAUCUUUGACGAGGAUCACGACGAUAAGCUCAGCCACAAGGAGUUCAUCGGCAUCAUGAAGGACCGGCUGCACCGCGGCAAAAGGGGCGUCAGAGUGGAGGAGAAGUUCACCUCUUUUAGGUCGUGCUUGAAGAAGACGCUUUCAGGCAAAUAGGUGAAGAUCCCAACAUCAGUGCACAUCUUACAAACUGGAUGAACUGUGCCUCCUUCAAGCUUUCUACCACGAUAGAAGAGUUAAUGCAUGUUGCAGCAUCUUAUUUCACUAUGUUUUAGUUUUACAAUAAACAGGAUGUGGUUAGCCUCAUGGGAAGCUGUUGAAAGAGGUGACCCAUGAUGAAUGUAACAAGGAAAUCCUCUUAAGUCUGUUGAGAAGAUAUUACACUAUUUAUUGAUCCAUCUACUUGUAAAUAUAUGUAUCAGUUGAUUGUUAACACUGGUUUUAUUUAUUUAUUUAUUUAUUUAAAGGCUCUACUUUGUCUUAAUACUGCUCUGCCAAUGCAAUUAUCUUUUCUGUAUAGCGGCAGCAUUGCUUAUAUACGUGUUCCUGUUGGCAGCCCCCCCCCCCCCCCCCCCUUGUACAGAUCA